AUGGCAGAGGUUGAUGUUUACACAAAAGAUGGAACAGUAGAUUACCUUGGAAAUCCAGCUAAUAAAAAGAAAACAGGAACCUGGAGAGCUUGCCCCUUUAUCUUAGGGAAUGAAUGUUGUGAGAGAUUGGCUUUUUAUGGGAUGAGCACAAAUCUGGUGCUUUAUUUUAAGGAUUGGCUAGGUCAGCAUAGUGCUGCUGCUUCCAACAAUGUCAAUAAUUGGAGUGGAACAUGCUACAUCACACCAUUGAUUGGAGCAUUUGUGGCGGAUUCCUAUCUUGGAAGAUUUUGGACCAUUGCUUCUUUCUCAAUAAUCUAUGUUAUUGGAAUGACACUCCUGACAUUGUCAGCAUCAGUUUCUGGCAUGAAACCAACAUGUCACGGGCAUGGAGAUGAAAAUUGCCAUGCUACUAAUGGACAAAGUGCAGUGUGCUUCGUAGCUCUUUAUCUUAUUGCUCUUGGCACUGGUGGAAUUAAACCUUGUGUUUCAUCCUAUGGAGCGGAUCAAUUUGAUGAUGCUGACCCUGUUGAGCAGCAACACAAGAGUUCUUUCUUCAACUGGUUCUAUUUCUCAAUCAACAUUGGCGCUCUUAUUGCUUCUUCUCUAUUGGUGUGGAUACAAGAUAAUGUGGGUUGGGGAUGGGGCUUUGGCAUACCAGCUGUUGCAAUGGCAAUUUCAUUGGUGAGUUUCUUUUUAGGCAUAAGGUUGUAUAGGAAUCAGAAGCCUGGAGGAAGCCCCCUCACUCGUAUAUGUCUAGUAGUUGUGUCAUCUAUAAGAAAGUAUAAUGUUGAUGUACCGGUUGAUAAGUCUCUUUUAUAUGAGAUUGCUAACACUGAGUCUACUAUCAAAGGAAGCAGAAAACUUGACCACACAGAUGAGUUAAGAUUUUUUGACAAAGCAGCAGUGCCAGGACAAUAUGAUGAUCUUAAGGGCCCAAUAAACCCAUGGAGACUUUGCACUGUAACUCAAGUGGAAGAGCUGAAAUCCAUUUUAAGAUUGCUUCCUGUAUGGGCUACUGGCAUUAUAUUUGCCACUGUCUAUGGUCAGAUGAGCACCUUAUUUGUGUUGCAAGGGGAAACCAUGGAUACUCAUGUUGGCAACUCUAACUUCAAAAUUCCACCAGCUGCACUUUCAAUCUUUGACACCCUUAGUGUCAUAUUUUGGGUCCCAGUGUAUGAUUGGAUCAUUGUGCCAAUUGCUAGAAAGUUCACCGGGCACAAAAAUGGCCUAACUCAGCUUCAGAGAAUGGGAAUUGGCCUCUUCAUAUCCAUAUUUUCAAUGGUAGCUGCAGCAAUAUUGGAGCUCAUAAGACUUAGAAUGGUGAGGAGGCACAAUUACUAUCAACUUGAGGAGAUACCCUUGUCAAUAUUUUGGCAGGUUCCUCAGUAUUUCAUUAUAGGUUGUGCAGAAGUGUUCACAUUUGUUGGUCAAUUGGAAUUUUUCUAUGAGCAAGCCCCUGAUGCCAUUAGGAGUCUGUGUUCUGCUCUCUCACUAGUCACUGUUGCACUUGGCCAGUACUUGAGCUCUCUACUUGUGACAAUUGUGACCAAGAUCAGUACUAAAAAUGGAAGUCCUGGUUGGAUACCUGACAAUCUAAAUUAUGGUCACAUAGAUUAUUUCUUCUGGCUAUUGGCAGUGCUAAGUGUUGUGAAUUUGAUAGCAUACAUUCUAUACAUAUAA